AUGGCGUCUACUGAAGGCGUCGCUCCUUACGCCCCGGACUAUGCUUCUUACAACUGGACUGGAGCUCCCUCCAACUAUGAUCUCUCUACCAAUGUCAACUUGGGUGGUGAUUCCAGAACGGAGAACUUGAACAAAUGGUUUCAAUCGGGUGACCAGGCCUAUAUCAUCGUGGCAGCUGCCAUGGUCAUGGUCAUGGUCCCCGGUCUCGGUUUCCUCUACUCUGGUUUGGCCCGUCGCAAGUCCGCUCUCAGUAUGAUCUGGGCCUGUAUGGCUUCCAUGUCUGUCGUUACUUUCCAGUGGUACUUCUGGGGCUACUCGUUGGCCUUUUCACCGACCGCUACCAAUGGCUAUAUCGGCAACCUCCGCAAUUUCGGUUUGAUGAAGACCCUGGGCGAUCCCAGUCCUGGAUCGCCCCUUAUCCCUAACCUGCUUUACGCGUUCUACCAGAUGCAAUUCUGUGCUGUUACUGCCGCGAUUAUCAUGGGAGCAGUUGCCGAACGCGGUCGUCUACUCCCUGCCAUGGUUUUCACCUUCAUCUGGGCCACUAUCGUCUACUGCCCCCUGGCUUGCUGGGCCUGGAAUGUCAACGGAUGGGCUUAUAAAUACGGUGUUAUGGACUAUGCAGGAGGUGGCCCUGUCGAAAUCGGAUCCGGUCUGUCUGCCCUUGCUUACUCGAUGGUCCUCGGUCGUCGACAGGAGCGAAUGAUGCUCAACUUCCGCCCCCACAACGUUUCUCUCAUUCUGCUCGGUACCGUUUUCCUGUGGUUUGGUUGGUUGGGGUUCAACGGUGGUUCGUCCUUUGGUGCCAACCUCCGCGCCGCCAUGGCAUGCUGGAACACCAACUUGACAGCUGCUUUUGCCUCGAUCACUUGGGUUCUUCUCGAUUGGCGCUUGGCUCGCAAGUGGUCGAUGGUCGGAUGGUGCUCUGGCACUAUCUCCGGUCUGGUCGCUGCUACCCCGGCCUCUGGUUUUAUCACUCCCUGGGGUAGUGUGGUCUUGGGAAUUGUGACUGGAAUUGUUUGCAACUAUGCCACCAAGGUGAAAUACUGGAUCCGAAUCGACGACUCGAUGGAUGUGUUCGCUGAGCACGGUGUCGCUGGAAUUGUCGGCCUCCUCGCCAACGCCCUCUUCGGUGACGAUGCGAUUGUUGGACUCGACGGUGUGAACACUGGUUCUGGUGUUGGAGGAUGGAUCAUCCACAACUACAAGCAACUCUACAUCCAAAUCGCCUACAUCGUGGCUACCUGCGCCUACGCUUUUGUCAUGUCCGCUAUCAUUGCCCACGCCAUUAACGCCAUCCCCGGUCUGAAACUGCGUGCAUCUGAGGAGGCUGAAUUGCUGGGUAUGGACGACGACCAACUGGGUGAAUUCGCCUACGACUACGUUGAGGUCCGCAGAGAUUACCUCGCCUGGACCCCACAGAAGCAAGAUCAGCUCGAGGAUGGCCACGAGAUCCCCCACGCGGCUCGGUACGGAAUUGGCGAGCACAGUGAAAUGAUGCUGGAGGGCCAAGUGCCCGUGGGGAUUAGCAGCCGCGGAGGCAGCGAAGGAGACUCGGGCAUUCAAGAAAUCAAAUUGGCCCACGCUCCGCAUGCCAUUGCUCCCGCUCCACGACAAGUCGCUGAGCAGCACCCAGCUGGAGAAUCCCACCAGCCAUCUCCGUCUGAAACCAUCAAUGAGAAAACCGAGUCAUAG